UACAGUCGUCCCCGCUUUAAAGACACUCUUCUUAAGGAAACUCCCCGCUAUAAAGACACAUUUUUUCCCCAGAACAUGGUGCCCCGCAGAUGUACAAUAAUAAAGGGGGGUAGGGUUUCCACUAUGCGCCCCCCCCCCAAAAUUUUGCUGGGGCAGCAAAUCUGUAAGGCAUUGUAACGUGGACAGCGGUCUGCUGCAGCCCGCACUACUGCGUGUGGGUAUGGAGAGAUUCCUCCCAUCUGCUGGCGGGUCGUCAGCUGCCGGCUUGAGGCCAUGUGGCGAACCCACGUGCCAGCAAAAGUCUCAACUCGUGUCAGCGGUUCACCAGUGCCCGUGCGGGCGAUCCAUGCACGCGUUUUGUGGUCGGGGCAUCGGAGAGGAAGGCUACGGACAGCAGAGAGAGUGCUCGGAUUGCCAGAAGAGCAAAGGUGGAGACCAGGCUGGCAGCAGCAGCAGUCCCAUGGAAGUGGAUGCCGAAGAAAACGAGCAGGACAGCCGCAGGUGA